UUUAAAUGCCAUUAUGUAAUUAUUAUAUAACGUAUCCACUCGAUGAGUACAAUAUCAUUAUUGUAAAUCAUAUAUAUAUAUUAGUGUAGAGCCAUGAUGAAAAACUAAUUGAAAAGAAAUUUCUUCGCUCAAUUCGUCCCUUAUUUACCAAAUUCCAAUUUGACUAAAAAAGGGAAAAGAUCUAUCUUAGACAUUGCUUUAUUUCUGACUAGUCGUUAACAAUGAUUUUGUUACAUUUUCUCAUGUUUCCUGGGCAUUACCUGCAAUAUUCGUGCAAAUGGGAUUACAAAUAUUUUGCAAAACAUCUGUAACUUGUUGGUAAUUCCUCUAAAUAUGUUGGGUGACAAGAAUAAAUGCUUUUACACCACUGGUCAAUUUAUAAUGUUCUCGACUGAUUUUCAGGAAUUGAUCUCUUUGCAGGAGGGACACCUAUCGACUUGGAAUGCACAGAUGACAUAGUCCUGCAUGGUGAAAACGCUGAUAAAAUGCAGGGUCUUUUGAUAGCACUCAGCAACAGUGAGAGGGUGUUUAGAAUGCGCUUUUCCCCUUCUAAAUGCAAAUUAUUGCUUCAGGACUGGCCUACAUCAACACCUAAACUAAAUAUAGGGGGUAAAGUAGUUGAACGUGUCAACAACUUCACUUAACUUGGAAGUCCGACCAGCCUUAGUCAGUUGGUGCUUGACGAAAUCUCUUCACGGAUUCAAAAAACUCAUUUGGCUUUUGCCAUCUUACGUCACUUAUGGCGAUCCCGACCGUUGCUGCUACCUUGAUGUGGUGGUCGGGCUUGCCUAUCGUAAUGAACCAAUCGAGCUAUGCUGUCUGGAUCAAUCGUUCCUCAAGGUCCUACCACGCCAGACAGAUCGAUUGAAGAGCGGUAAAAUUAAAAUUAGCAAACCCAAUGUUCGAGAACAGAGUCGUACUGCUGAUUGUAUAGAGCUAUGACGGCGUCAAGGUGUUUCCUUCAGGCAACCAGCAUAACAUCAAUGCUCCCUUCCAACAAGAAAGGGCGGGGUUAGAAAAGAUCGACACUGAGAAUGCACACCUCGCCUUAUCCCACGGAUAUCCGUCUCCGACCGUAAGGUCCCAACAAGUACGGAUCUAACACGAAAGUUACUCACAAAAUGGUCGUGUGUGACCGACCUCUAGCACUUGUCUCUUGGGCACUGCGGUCACACUCUCAGGUCACUAAGACCACCCCUAACCCGAUUUCGUUUUCAGGUACCCCUACAAUAACUUCAACGGUGUGGGCAGCCGGGAAGUGAUGAGUGCCCUUAUACCUCUAACAGCACUCAAGAUCACUGUACUACCACCUAUGGCGAUGGCAAGGAAUGCGUCUAUCAACUAAGUGAUGGGUGUACUAUGUAGCAGUUUGUUCUGUCCUACUUUACGACUCUGAAACGUGGCCAUUAAGAGUAGAGGAUACUCGUAAGUUAUUUGUAUUUGAUCACAGAUUUCUCGUAAAUAUUACCAGCAUCUCGUAAGUAAUCGCAAAGUUAGAUGCAGGGUAUUAGGGAAUGAUGGUAAAUCAGUUGAUAAGGUUGUGAAUCUUCAUCGACUGAGAUGGUUGGGCCACGUGUUACAUGUGCCUGGACACCGAUUACCACGGCGUGCAAUGGUGACUAGUGUUAGGGACGGUUGAAAGAAAGUUAGGGGCAUCCAAACCAAACCUUAGCAUCAGUGCUUGAAGUCACUAACUUCUGGUCUGAGCAAUGUUGGUAGAUGAAGACUACUUGAUUGGGGUCCGCGUGACUAUCGUAACCAAAUGGUUGGAGACUCUGGGUGACAUGGCACAGAAUCGAUCACAGUGGCGUCGGUGUAUAUACUCUCUGUCUUCCCUUAAACUAUGAGAUUAAACUUGCUUUAUAUUUUUCUUUUUACCAACUAAUUCUUUCUUCCUGUACUAUAUCCUCAUAUGCAAUCUUUUAUAUAUUACUGCCAUUGAAGUAACUACUAUGAAUUUGGUGUUCAUCUUUUUGUGCUAAUGAGGUGUGGCAACUUGGACCGAUGCAUAUAUGUGCCUGGUCCUACGUUGUAGCUGACUGACUGGCCGAUUUUGAGCGAUGUUGCUUCAUAUUUUUAUUAUUUAUUAUUUAUUUGGACACAUAGAUAUUGGUACAGGAAGACACCGAAUACAUAUGCGCCACACAAAUCUCAUUUGAUUUGUGCGAGGGCUGUGCUGCUGUCCGGGUGCCCAAACCGAAGCAGGUGGUUUUCUUAGGGGGCCAAACCCGGAGCCUUCGACCUACAGGUCUGAUCCACAAGGCAGUGUAGCAUCGUAAGGAGAUGCAGUCCCAUGGUAGCCGGUGAUCAACGAUUGGUUCAUACGCCAUUUGUUCACUCAGGAUACUGGAGCCCAUGUGCACCAUUGGUUUGGAAUCAGGGUUUUCCAACUCCCCUAGGUGAACUCUCCAUAUCCACCAACUCGGUUAAGGCGCCGGAUAUUCGCUUUACGUCCUCUCAAUUUCGUAAACAACAUCCCCGCUACGAGAAGGCAGUGAGUACGACUUCCCUAGCAAAGGCUAUAUAUGCGUGGCCAUGUGAGAGCAUUUCGAGAGAGUAAGCAGACUCUCCCCACUCUCGAUCGUACUAGGGUAUUUGGGGGCUACUUUCCGACUCGAUUUUCAGAUUUAUGUUGACGGAAUAUUUGGUUAAAAUUGAGUAGCUGACUUUUAAUCAGAUCAAAAGGAGUUCAGCAACUUCACGUUAACUCCAGCUUGCAAACAUCUAGCUGUACGAUAAGAAGAAACCAAGAGGAAAAUCAUCAUACUAGUGAGGACGUGACGAAAAACAAGCACGAUGUAAUGGGGUGUUAUGAGGCGAAUAGUAUGAAUGCAUCCAUCCAGAUGGUCAAUUUCGGACCUUUUAUGUGAGAUCUUCAACUAAUAUUCUAUGUUAUUCGCUUCAAUCAGCCAAGUUCUAUCUUUUUUUACUGAUCGAGUCAACUAGCUUCACUAUUAGAGUUACUCAGUAUCGUCCGGGAAUAUUUGUUUAGGCAAUUGAGAGACAACUAUUUCCAACCAGAAGAAUGCAAACUGUAGAUGCUUUUACGUUUUUACUCGCGUUCCAGUAACCGCCUGUAGCGGCUUUUUGUCUUUUCAUCGGAACGCCUUAAUACAUUUGAAUUUUUUAAUUCAUCAUCAAUUAUGUGUAUCAGGACUAUUCAGGUCAUUAUGGACUAACUUCCUCAGUUGAUUUUUACGUUGACAGGGACCAUAAAACCCUAACCUAAUCAAAAAACAAAUUGAUAUGGUCUACAAGCAACCAGUACUCAUUUUAAAAGGAACAGUUGUUGUAACAAUGUAUUGGAAGCUUUCGUUGUCUACCGAAAUCCGGUAAAAUUCGAAUUUAUGGAGUUUGGGUUCUGUCUCGUCAGCUAAUUUAUUCAACCUUCGAAUAGUCAGCGUGGAACUCUUUCGUUUUACUGCGGCUCGACCAAUCAAAUAUUUUUUUAUCGAUAAUCAUUCUUUUUAAAAUCAUGUCAUGUAAGGAAGUCGCUCAUAUUUGUUAUUUUAGAUCAGUUAAUUAUCUAAAGACUAGUGAAACCAAGUAGGUCGUAAUAUAUAGUUCUUCAAAUUCUAUCUUUUCUUGUCUAGAUUUGUGUAAUUGCAUUAUUUUGUGAUUAACACCUAAUGUUAUUUUUGACCUGGUUUUUUAAUUGUAUCCUAACGUUUUUGUUGCAUUUUACUUGUAGUAUGACUUUUUACACGAAAAGCAAGUUAUUGCUGAUUAUGAUGAGUAUUUCAACGCAAAGAAAAAUUUGGAUGAAACACUUUCUACAUCAGUGUAUGGAAUUCCACCAGAUCAGUCUAAUCCAUUACAGGAAAGCAAUAAAAAGGGCAUUGAAUUACCACGCAGUUUUCAUUUCUCUGAUCCUCAGUCACGUUCUUCAAAUAAUUCGUGUCCAGCUUCAGUUAUCGGAACACCUCCACCUGCUGCUAGUCAUCUUGUUUCCGGGAAAAUUUUGGAACCUAGCAUAAUAGAUAGUGGAGCUUCUAGCCAAUUAUGUAAAUCAGAACAGAUGAAGGUUUCGGAUAAUAACCCUGAAUGUUCUAGUUCAGAGUUAAUUCAUAUGAAACCAGGCUCUUCUACUAGUUCCACAAUUUGCACAUACUUAAAAGAUUUUGAUAUCCAACCUGACGACCCAUUCACGAUGACUGAACUUAAAACAAUAAAUGAACUUGAGGAACUUAAGGAAAUUUUAAUGCAUGACUCCAUUUCUAGUUCCUGUCAACCACAACCUUAUCAUUCGACAACCAAGGAUAUAAUAAGUAAUCAUAGUGAAGGUUCAUCUGUCACCAACUCUUCGAAUACUCACUCCUUCAAAAAACAAACACGAAACUUGCAAAUUUCCUGAAGCAGCUAAUUCAUUUCAAAACAAUUUUUGUUUCGUAAGUAAUCAUAUAAGUGAUCAUCAAGUUCAAACACGUGCACAAGAUGUAGCUAUCUCAAAUGGAUUUCAUAAUUCAUCUGGAUUUGGUAAUGCACCGACAAAGUUUACAAAUUUGUCUAAGCCAUUUGUAAAUUCCUGUGUUCCAUAUAGCAUAAAGUCGAUUGCCUUCACCAAUCAACCCCAAGCCUUCGGUAGUAUCGUUGAACAAAACGGUCUUAUAAAUACUGAAAAAUGUCAAGACAUGUUUAAAAUCUCCACUACUGGUAUAAGAACACCUGAUCCACAUCAUUCUCAAAUAAAGCUUUUAGAAAGUUUGUUGUCGUGGGCAACAAAUUGUGGUUUUUCUCAUUCUCAUACUCGUCGUCUCUUAGAAUUAGGACUACAGAAAAGAGCCUUUACAUGUCAAAAUCUUGAGCAGAACAAAUUGAUCUUGUUAAAUCUUCUUCAUACCUUCAACUCACUAUUGACAACCUUCUCAACUAAUCAAAAUUCUCAGAAGCUUAGUGAACAAUCAGCUCUUUUGAUUACAGUUACACAUCCUAAUAAUCUAUUCAAGGCACAACAACUGGCUCGACUAGUUAUUUAUCUAGAACAGAGAGGAUUCUCACAAGAUAUGAUCUAUCGCUACAUACAAAAUCCUCAUUCCAUGGAAAACGAAGAAGUGGCCAAAUUUCUCAACGAUUUAACGACACCUGCCAGUACUGUUUAUCAAGUCAGUCCUAUGAAUUUUCCAUCAUCAAAAUCACUUAGCAUGAAAUACCCAGAAAAAUGAUUGUGAAGACGAUGGAAAGUAUUCUUUCACUUUCUGAUGUUCAUUGUUUUCAAUGAAAUUUUUCUAAUAUCAGUCGUAUACUGUACUACUAAAGCUGUGAUCACUAAAGCUUUUCAGAUUAUUUAACAGCCAAACAUUUCAUUUUCUUCCAUAUAAUAUUUGUACUACUUUCGUAUUAUAUUCCCAUUAUGUUUGCAGAUAAUAAAUAGUAAUGGUAUAUGAAGAACGGAUCGUGCCAACCAAUUUUUUUUAUCAGUUUGACUUGACCUUUUCUCAGGUUUGUGUCGAAUUCACAGUAAUCAAAACUAAGAGGCUCUGUGUGUUCACUCAUUUUCUCUAUUACAUAUAUGAAAUCUUUUGUAAUUAACUCAUAACUAACUACCAUCUGGCAGUUGUUUGAUAUUUUCUUUUAAGAAUUAUUGUAUGUAUACAUAUAUAAGGUAUAUGUAGUUUCUAUUUUUAAAUAAUUCACAGAUGUUUAUUUUCAAGAAUAAACUUAUUCAAACAUUUCCUAAAAUAUCCUUCCUCAAAGAAUUUCAUGGACGCAUUUUUCGUUUGUUUCUGUGAAGCAUUUAUUCUACUGACAUGUAGAUAGCAUUAGAUGUAAUACUCUUCUUGGAUUGACAAUUAUUUAGUAUAGUGGAUUUGCGGUGAGUGUGAAAAGUUUUACAGUUUAAUAUACUACUAGGGAGUCGCAUACCACGAUGAAACGGCCUUCUAGGUUUACAAUAGUUGUCUAAGAUCAGUUCAUGGUUUAAAAUGUGAAAAUCAUUUAUUUCUCAGAGCUUUUGAUCAUGUUUCCAGAACUGAGUGGAGCAUAUAAAUGUAAUUUUCGUUGUCUACCGGGAUUUGACACUGACAUAAUGUUAGGUCCUGAUAAAAACUAUUACGUCAAUUGAAGCUUCCAGUUGGCUUCCAAUACUUGUGAAUGAAGGAUUGAUUAAACGAUUAUGGUAUUAACAGUUCUGUUCCUGGCACACAGUUCAAAAAUUAACCGCUAAGGCAAGUGUACGAAAAACUCGAUAUCCAUCUAAAGUUACUUGGAAUAUUACAACUCAUUGCACAUAGUAACGAAGGCAUGACCUUCAGGCAUACAGAAAAUUAAUUAACUAACUGUAGUAACAGCCAAUCAAGAGACGACAAAGGUCAUGCGAAAAAUCGGGUUACAGAAGGAACACUCGUGUUUAUCGCUAUUACUGAAGAUUCACCAUUAUUUACUAAAGCUGAGCAGCUUUUUAAUUGUCUUAGCGCAUACUUGUCCUCGAUUCCUGUCUUAAUUCUUUUAGGACGGGUAUCUAGUUAAAAAGUUUUGCGUCACUAACUGAAAAGAGCUGCGAAAAUCCUUCGGCAAUGCCGAAAUGUCAUCCUCCUAUUAUUAAAAUUAUCGCAAUAAUUAAAAGCAAAUGGAACCGUGGUUUUUCUUGUGUUGGGCCUUCUACAAUACAAAGAAUUAGUUCUUGACUGGAUCGACUAAAAUACCGGAU